GGUAGUCACAGCUGUAUUGCUGUAUGUGCACUCGUUUGCUCUCUCAAGAGGACCAAAUAAAGCUCCGUGGGACUGAAUUUCAAUUCAUUAUAUUUUUUUAUAUCCUACCUGGGUUAAGGAGCUUCACUCUUUCGUUUUCAUCGGGACGAUAUGGAAAGUUACAGAGAAACGAGACUUCAAAUGCUCGUGUUCGUCUUUGGCGUGUUCUUCAUGAGUGUUUGUGCCUCAGAAACCUUUCCGAAAGCACAGAAUGUCACCUGGAAUUCCAUCAAUUUUAAGACCAUGUUAACCUGGAGCCCAAAGCCAAAGGAUUAUUCAUACACCGUUGAAUUUUAUGUAAUCGGUCAGAGCAGAGAACGGAGCCCUCAUUGUAUCAGGUCCACUGAAACCGAUUGUGACCUGACUACCAAUUUAAAAGACCUGAAGGCUUCUUACAAAGCAGACAUCCUCUCUGAACCCCUCCUUGGGGUCACCUCUGACCUGAUCGAGCACCCUUCUACCACUUCAGAGAGAUUCUCCCCAUACACUGACACUGUCAUCGGGAGACCAGAAUUCAAACUGGAGGUGGGCAGUGACAAAAGGAAAAUCACGCUACAUGUGACGGACAUACCCACGGCUCUCUAUAAUGAAAAGAAUGAGAGACUCAGUAUCCGUGAUGUUUUCAAGGAUGAGCUGCAAUAUAAAGUCAUCUACAGGAAAGCUAAAAGCACAGGGAAGAAAGAGAAGAUCUGUAAAAGCAGCACCAUCGAGCUGACGGAUUUGGACAGAGAUGUGAGUUACUGUUUUAACGUCCAGGUCUACCUCCCCUUAAGGAGUACAGACAAACAACUGGGGGAGAUGAGUCACAUCCAGUGCUCUCCGGAAGAAAACACCUCCAUCUUUGACGAGUAUGGAGCGGGUGUCAUAUCGGGGGCGAUUCUGAUCAUCAUUUUGGCGUUAUCGGCAAUCAUCACUACGAUCGUGAUGUGCCUCAGACGGAGAAAGAGAGUCAAGAACCCUGGAAAAGAGGGACGGCCAUUAAAUCAUUUGUGAGGAGUGCGGAUUGUCUGCUUUAGUACUUCUCUCUUAUAAAGGGAAGACGAUGCCUUGAUUCAACAUUCCUUAAAACACUGGAAUCCAAAUUGUGUUUCUGUGAAACCUAAAGAUAGAUAUGUUAGACAUAUAAUUUAGCAAGACCUUCAUAUUGUCAGGUGGUGGGUUCUUUAGUGUGUACAUGUUUUUUAACACAACCUAAUUAUUUUUUACUCUGUGAUGCUAACAGCUACAGAAUAGCAGAAAUUCUGUAGGAUUUGUUUUUGUAUAUUUGGGAGAUUUAAAAUCAGAGCUUAUUUUAUAGAGAAUAUUUUUUUAGCUGUUUAAGUAGUAAAUUGUGUAUUUGUUUGUAGUUUUUCAGUGAAUGUUUUAGGCCAUUCUAUCUGCACAUGGCUAACCGAUCACACACUUUUUUGAUACAAAUGCACACUAUAUUAUGUGAAAAUGGUACUGAUCUGGGAUUUUGUAUUAAAAUAGAUAAUUGGAA